AUGGCCGACGAUAAAAAGAACGACGAGUACAUCGAGAUGCCCUCCACCAAGGAGUUCAGGGCACCCUCGCCCACCGUGCGCCCGAACCAGAAGUCCCACGGGUCGCCGGCCGUCACCGAGAGCCCGUUGUUCUCCAUCCUCGCAUACUGUGGCUCCUCAAUCCUGAUGACGACGACAAACAAAUACGUCUUGUCCGGCGUCGACUUCAACUUGAACUUUUUCCUGUUGGCAAUCCAGUCCAUUGUUUGUAUUGCAGUUAUCUCGACGCUGAAGGCCUCUGGAACAAUUACAUACCGCGACUUCAACAGCGACGAGGCCAAGAAAUGGUUCCCCAUCUCCCUCCUCCUCAUCGGCAUGAUCUACACCAGCACCUGGGCGAUCAAAUUCCUUUCCAUUCCCGUCUACACCAUCUUCAAGAACUUGACAAUCAUUCUCAUCGCAUACGGAGAGGUGCUAUGGUUCGGUGGCUCAGUGACGCCCAUGGCUCUGGGUUCCUUCGGCUUGAUGGUCCUCAGUUCUGUGGUCGCCGCCUGGGCUGAUAUCCAGCAUGCUUUGACCAGCCACGGCGAAGCUGAGGCCUCCAAGGACGCUGUGUCUACUUUGAACACCGGAUACUUCUGGAUGGCUCUCAACUGCUUUGCGUCUGCCGCCUAUGUCCUCGGCAUGAGGAAGCGCAUAAAGCUCACCAACUUCAAGGAUUUCGACACCAUGUACUACAACAACCUUCUCACUAUUCCUAUUCUACUCAUCGCUUCGCUUCUCAUCGAAGACUGGUCUUCUGCCAACCUGGCCAAGUGCUUUCCCCCUGAGCUUCGCAACCGUGUGAUAAGCGUCAUGGUCAUCUCCGGCAUGUGCUCGGUCUUCAUCUCGUACACCUCCGCCUGGUGCGUCCGCGUCACCUCCUCCACAACAUACUCUAUGGUUGGAGCCCUCAACAAGCUCCCCAUCGCCAUCAGCGGUCUCGUCUUCUUCGAUGCCCCUGUCACCUUCGGCAGCGUUUCCGCCAUCUUCAUCGGCUUCGUCAGCGGUAUCGUUUACGCCAUCGCCAAGGUCCGCCAGAGCAGCAAGCCCAAGGAGGUUCUGCCCACGACCAACGUGAGUGCUAGCACUGCAAGCAUGCGAGACAGCUUCAAGUCCUAA